AUGAUGCCAGGGGACAGUCAGUCCAAAACAGUGGCAAUCGCCGCGGACGCAACGGUUGGAAACUGUCAGAACUGUUCUGUUUUGCAUCAGAGCCUGACCGAAUAUGUUUCGUCAUUUCUGGCACUGAAGCAGAAGAUAACGGUUUCGGAUGACACUGUCAGGCUUCAACAACAGCAGGAAGAGCUGCAGAUCAAAUUGGUUACACUGGAGAGAAAAACCGUAGAUUAUGAAUCUAUGCAAGCAGAGCUGGAGGAAAAGAAGUGUGCUCUUAAGGUCUAUGGACAGUUGUCUGAAGAGAUGGAAAAAGUGAAGCAGGAAAACAGCAAGACAGUAGCAGAGAAUAAGAAACUUGCAGAGCAGUUAAAGGAUCUGAAAGAACUGACGGAAACACAGUCACUUGAAAAUGCACAGCUGAAGAGGGAAAAGGCUGAAGUAGAAAAUGGUUUGCUGAAAACACAGACAUCUCUGAAGCAAUCUCAGGCACAAGCAGAUCAAGUUGAAAAACUGAUAGAGGAGAAUGCCAAGACAACAAGCAUAAAGGACAACCUUGAAAAUAAAGUCAGAUUGCUCAAAGACUCAGUUUGCAAACAGAAUCAUCAAAUAACCCAAUUGACCAAAGAGAAGAUCCUACUACAGAGGAAUAUUGAUGAUCUCCAGGUGAGACUGUUGAAAUUGGAAAGAGAAAGGAAUAAAGACUAUAGGAGCAUAUCAACUCAAGCAACAUCACCCGAGGAGCCUAAAGUUGACAAAGAAAAAUUCCGGAUGCUGCUAGAGAAUUUGUGGGCAUGUGUGGAACCUCAGCAGCAGCACUCAGCAAACCUUUUGCACUUCACUGGUGAUGUAUCAUCAAAGUCAUACUCAAAAUCCAAGCAAGUUCUACCCUCCUCUCCAUCAAACAGACUGUACUCUCAACUGAGAAACAUGUCCCAGUGUGCUUCUCAAGACAUCAGUGACUCUCACAGUUUCCUCACGCAGGCAAAAGCCACUUACACACAGUUAAAACCUUUUCCUCAUGCACAGAAAACCAUCAAGCACCAUGCACCUCUCCAGUGCUCGAGUGGCAAGAAGCAACCAGACAAUCCCAAAGAGAGCAACCAAUUGUCCAAGGAACACAAAACUGAGGAAUCAUCUAUUGACUUGGGCAGCUCCAAAGUAUCCGUUAAAGAGAUCAUGGAAAUGUUUAAACCGAUGCUUUCCUGCAUAUCACCACUACCAGACUUGGAUACAGAGAUGGAAACUAUGGAGACAGAUGAUGGAAAAAAGGAAAAUCAUCCCAAACCCUCUGACGAUUCUGUUCCUCUUCAACAACAGGCGUCCUUACUCAUCAAAACAUCAGUGUCAAGUCACGGCCAAAGCUCUUCUGCACUUCCAGCAGAGGAGAAUGUGGACUCGCCAGUUGUCACAGCACACGAAGUGGAACACAUUUCUGAUGAAAAUGACUCCAAAGGACAAAAUGAGUUGAGCAGCAUUACUGAGAUGAAGGACAAAAGUACUGUAGAUGGUGAAGAAAUGCAUCUUCAAAAAGACAUGCAAACUGAGCAGGAGACAGGAACUGAGCAAUUAGUAUCAGCAUUGUCAGCAUCUUCUUCCACAUCAGACAAUACAAUUUUGGUUGAGGCUGUCUCGUUAACUAAUGAAAGUCAAGAACCAUCCUACACUGCAAAUCCAAGUGGCAACAUUGCCAGCAGCAUCCCAGAAACUGAAAAUGUUUUAGGAAAGGCAAAUGAUGAUCAGUCAGAGACUGUUACAAAGAUGGAUGUAGACACAGACCCUAGUGAUGUUACACAUGCCAAAACAGUCCCUCCUGAUGAUGGAGAGUCGCCCAGAGAAAGGGACAACACUUUAGUCUGUGAAGAAGCAGGAAACGUAUCCUCAACAAUCACUGACUCUGUGAAAGACACUGAGGUUUCAAAUACAGAAAAUGGCUCAGAAGUUGAAAAAAGUCCGCAGGAUCCUUGUUGUUUGAGACAGGAGGGUGAAGAUGCCACUGUCGUAAAGCCGCAGGAGAUUACAUUUUCUCUUGACAAGGACACAGAGGUGCCGGAAGAUAACCUUUGUUCAUCAAGCAGCAGUAACAGCUUCAGUAGUGUGUCAAAUAAAAAUGUUAAAGAGAGGUUUGAAAAUGAUGGAUCCUUAAAAGUUCUUGAGGUGGAAAAUAGUAAUGAAGAAGAAAGAACUGCGAAAGCUGAUAAAACACAUUCUUCCCCAGAGUCUCGUGGUACUAGACCUCCCUCACCUCAAAUAUUUUCACUGUUAAAGAUGGAAGAUGCAGACAAAGGCCAUGCUGGCCAAGAAUCUGCUCAAGCAAACGUUAAAAAUACUCCUUCAAAAAAGAAAGUUGACACAGAGACAUUGAACGGUGAAACAGUGGCUGAUCAUGGGCCUUCCCUUUCUGACAUCCAAGAGACGACGACUGUUAACUGUGAAUCCAUGAAAGAAAAUACACACUCUAUGUGCAGGCGGUUGAGUCCUUCAUGUCUGUUACCCACCGUAAAACUGCAGGCAUUGGAAACUCGCCCAAACCCAGGAGAAUUGAAUGUUGUUGAUGAAAUUGAACACUUUUCAACAAACAAAAAAACUGUGCCUAAUCCAGAGGAAGAUGGUGUAAUUAAAAAGGUUGUUGUCAAAGACUUCCCUCAGGACAGAAUAGACACAAGUUGUACUACCUCAUUAAUUCAGUCUACUGCGGCCAAAGAUGGGCAAAAUAAAUGUUUGGAGGCAGGUACAAGAGUGCUUGAAAAACAAAGCUCACAUCUGAUCAGAGAGGAAGAAGCUAGUCCAGCAGCAGCUUCAGCUACAGAUAAAAAAACAGAGUUCAUAGGUCAAGUUCGCUCUGAAAUGGGCCCUCCGCUCCCUCCUGUCCUAACCCCUCUGAGUACCCCAACAAAAGCGGGAAAAUCAAUCAAUCCAAGGCAGGCUAUUGGGAAACUCUCUUUUCCCUCUCCCAUGGAUAGAUUGGCUUCUCCUACCACUCCUGUCCUGACCCAUAUGACCCCGAACAGUCAGCACCUGAAUUCUUCAUCCCUAAACAGUCCACUCCCUUCAAACGGAGUCCCCUCAUCGCCACUUCAGUUUGGCUCUGCUACUCCAAAACAUGCUGUGCCGGUCCCAGGUCGCCUGCCCCUAACAGCAAUGACUUCCUCCCCUUCCUCUUCCUCCAGUCCUUCUCAGGAAAACUCCAUGAGGAUUCUUGACACCAUGUAUCCAGAGCUCUCUGCACGCGCCCGAACUCUGAGCAUCCUCAGAGGGAACGUCAGUCUCAGCAUUUGCUCUUCAGAGAGCGGAACAUUACCCACAACAACCGACAGUCAGAUGUCUGGCUUUAAAACUAUCAACUCUACUUCAACAGCAUUCACCAAGACUGAGACAAGAGGAGGAAAAAGACAGGCCAACAGUUUGCCUCAACUUAAAAACAACAAAUGUCCCAGGCUUGACAGCUGCUCUCCCACAGUCAGUCACGAGCAGCUACCUUCCUGCUCGUCAAACAGUGGAGAGGAAGCCACCUCACCCCAAACUCUGAGGCCCGAACAGCUCAAAAGUCCAUCUCGGCCCAUGCAAGUUGGAGAACCUGCAGAGCAGAAUCUUGUAGUCAGCGCUUUAAAGAAAAUUGAAAACAAGUGCUUUGAUCUACUGCCUGUGAUCCAGAGCCACCUGUAUGUUGGCACCCUCCCCAAAAAGCCAGUCUUGAGAGAUGAGGAGAAGGAGGUCAUCUCUGAGAUUUGCCAGAGCAGCUUGGCAGAUGAUAUGAUCAUGGCCAUUCUGAUUAAACUGAAAACUGAGAAAAGGGACCUCAGUAGAAACUACAUGCAGGCCCUCUGUAGAGUCUACACAGGCAUCUGUAGACAGAGGAACCACUGGGAGAAGGCUCGCAUACUGGCGUACAGCAUUCUCACAGAAGAUUUCCCAGAUUCUACCAAGCUGAUUUUGUUUAUGGUGACAACAUGGCCCAGUGUUCUCUCGCACAGUAGUUUGCUGUGCCAGGCCAUACAUGCUGUCACCAAACUGACAGCACAGGAAGAGAUUCUCAGCUGCCUGUCACCAUUGUUUGGUUGGGAAAAGAGUCCUCCCUGUGACAUCGACCAGCUGAUCUCCAGAGCACUGUCUGCUCUUCAGUCGGGGACAAAUCUGUCUUUCACACAACACAGUCGUUACGGGUUUGACCUGGGGGCUGAGGCUUGGGAACUUGUCUUCACACUGCACCUCCUUUGUGCACAAAAGGAUUGGAAGUGGACCUAUGACAAUUUAUUGGGCAAGGAGUUGUGGCCAAUAAUGAACACAUGGGUGACACAGCCCAGAGAUCAACAAACACCUGUUUCUAAUGUAGCUGUCGCCUCUGUGCUCCGACUCAUAGGAUACCUCGGUCAUCUGGGAAUCAAGGAGAGGUGUGUUUCCUCUGUGACAACUGUUGCUAAUGUCAUCAACACGUUUGUUAGGCAUGGACAGACUGAAGGUGUGCCAUGGCAGGUCCAGUUAGCAGCUGUCUACUGCAUUUACGAGCUGUCUCCCUGCAACCCCAAACAAGCCCUGGACGCCCUUGCAGCGUGGCGAGAAGAAACGUCUCAGAGCGUGCCUCCUGCUGUUAAUAGCUGCAUGAACCAGUUAGCCUCUAUCUGUAGACAGGUCAAGAGCUGAGGGAUGACACACAUGCUGUACAAAUCCACAUGCACAUGCAAAUCUGUACCUAUGUCAAAGACAGGGAGAAUGAAGAUCCCACCAUGCACCUCAAUAUUCAUUUAACUUGCUGACUGGCAGCCCACGAUGGAGCUGUUUACCAUUUGUGCACAUGAACAGUGACUCUUCCUCAUACAGUGUGUCUGAAGGUUCGCAGUAAAUCUUAAGGUCAGAGUUUAAACAUUUAAACAGCUUAAACAUUAGCUUUUUUGUUUUUUUAUGUGCACUUCUACUAUAAAAUGAACAUGUUAGGUAAAUGCAUCUGUUCUCCAAUUUUGUAGCAAAUGUUUCCUCAAUUUUUAAUGUAAAAGACAUCAAAAGUUUGGUUUUGUAAAGUUUUUUAGCUGUCCACACCCUGUAAAUGUACUGGUAUGACUUCCUGCCUGUCUGCUAUACUCAGGUAACGCUCUAAAAUAUUGUAAAACAUGUACAUAUAUAUUCUGAUGUAACAGGGUGCUGCUGUAAAUGUUUUCUGAUUCAAAUGUUUGUAAAUAUUGAGGUGUUAAAGUUUGUAUUAAUGAAAAAUAAGAUUGCCACAGUAAAUGUUUUGUACAGUUUAAA